GAGAUUGAACAGUAAUGGUGGCUUGACCAGCCUGCCAUCCCUCAUCGGCUCACUUGCUUCCCUCACCUACCUACACAUCGAGUCAGCAGUCAGUAGCGGCGGCAUCCCGACCGCCUUCAGCCGACUCAAGAAGCUACGUCACUUAAAACUAAUCAGCAACAAUCUGGAGGGUCCGAUCCCAGAGUCGUUCUCCGCACUCACUGCUCUCACACUCCUGUCUCUUUCCGUGAACCAGCUCAACUCCUCCAUCCCCGCAAAGCUCAAAUCACUCCAGAGACUUGCAUCGAUCGAUCUCAGCAACAACAAGCUCUCAGGCUCCAUCGCUCCCCUCGCUUCCCUGCGAGGUCUCGACACAAUCAAUAUUGCUUUCAACUCCUUCAACUCAUACCUUCCGGUCUCCAUCUUCAAUCUGAAGCGGCUAACUGGACUGUUCCUUCAAAACAAUGCAUUCAAUGGCUCCUUACCUGCUUCCAUCUCAAGUCUCUCUAAUCUCGUUAUUCU